UUAUGCAGCAAGAGGGGACUGUGAAGGAGAGGCGGGGAGAAGCGAGAGAGGAAGGGAACGGAUCGUCAAAGAAUAGCAGCGCCGAUGCAGCGGAGUGGGUGUUGAUCUUCGCGAGGAAGAAUAAGAAUCACCUUUGUUUCUUUCUCUCGGACGCGGAGACGAGGAACGCGAAGGACGGAAGCCGGACAGGUUGAAGAAUAACGGAAGGGAAAAGGAUAGGAAAGGAGGAAGGAGAGAAAGAGGCGGUUGAUCUCCGACACUUAGGUCCAGGUAUUGAUACCCUAGCUUGUGAUCUAGGCAUGCUUUGCUUAGGUCAUCUUGCGACUCGAAUAUGAAGGAUUGGCGUGGUGGCGAUAAUGGCCGCCGAAAUGAACCGCCGUGGUUGGGAUUUCGCUUCGUUGAAUCGUGUCUUUCGAACUAAGGGACAGAUAUUUUGGCAUGUAUGCUGUGUUUUUGGUAUUUGAACACAGUUCACAAAGGCCUGGAUCGUGGAUCUGUGUGGGUGUCGACAGGAUCCUCGCAGGAACACUGUAAUAAGUAUACUCGUGUUGGGUUUCUCGGUUUGGGUCGUCGAUCUUGCAUGAAACGAAGGGAUUUGCUCACUGCAACCUGCCUCUUGAUGGACUUGCUGCUUGCGUCGUAGUGCUCUUCCCUAGGGAUGGCCGUCUCAGGUCUAAGCGCAGGGAAAUGUGCUGUUUUCUCUUCUGACUUCCGCCGGGAAUCUGGUCUCACAAGCUCUUGAUUCUUGUCGCCCCUGACGAUUACUGCCGUCUACCUGCUGUCUUACUUUUCGUGGGUCUCUUUUAGGUUUUGGCUUGGGGCUUAAUCUGGUGCCUGCGCUGGCAUCAUCCUAACAGAAGAGAUCUUCCACAGUGGCUCUGGACCUGCAAGUUGAUCAUUAUUUCUUUUGGCCAGAAAGAUGAUGAGGGAUUUGAGUCAAUGGUUCAUCUGUGUACCUUUUAUGGAGGUUGUGCCUCAAAAAUUUUAAACCAUCGAUGAUUAAAGUGCUGCAUGAGUUGUGAUUGCAAAUGUGUAGUUGAUGGUUGUGGAGCUUUCUCAGAGAAUACAGAGUAACAUGGGACUUGAACUUCCAAGACCUAUAGAUCCUCACUUGAAGUGGAAAACAACUGGUAAGGGCAGGCAAAGAGGUGCAAGACGAGCUAGAACUUCAUAUGCUUGGGGCAAUCAGAAAAACCGUAUGGUCAAUAAUUUCAGGAGUGAGGGUAUGAUGCAUAAGGGUCCGAAGAGAGCAGGAGAUAUUUCUGUCUCUGAGUCUGAGAAGGUUGGUGUCAGCAUUCUUGGACGAUGCUUCAGUGACUCCCUCAGUAUUGUUCCCAUAAAGAAAAGGAAAAUUCUUUUAGUUAGUUCUCCAUCAUCUACAUUGCAGUCUACUUAUUCAGAUGAAUCUGAUCACUUACUAGAAAGCCAGCUUGCUUUUUAUCUGGAAACUUUAGCAUAUGACAAAAAUCAUAACAAAAGAAAUGUUGCUGAUAAGUUGACUAUUUUGGAUGACAUUAAUGAAGAGGCCGGUGAUGUAGAUUUCUCUGGCAUGUCAAUAUUGGCCGCUGCUGCCUGCAGUAGUGAAAUAGUGAGUGACACCUUAAACAUUGGAGGUAUUGUUUCAAAAGGAUAUUCUUCUAAAGAAGAACUUUUAGAAGGCACACAAGGUGCCCAAUCACAUUCCUUAUAUGAAGAUAAAGACCGGCAAUCUGAAUCUACUCAAGGUUUACAAGAAAAUUGUAACAUCCCUGUGGAAGAAUGUUCAGAAUUCAAACCUACCGAUGAUGAUAAUCUCCAAGGGUCAGCGAGCAAAAAGAACUUCACAGUUUCAUGGCAAAAUGAUUCUGAUAAGAUAAGAUCCUCUGUCUCUGAUUCUAGGCUUCACUGGGACCUUAACACUGCCAUGGAUGCCUGGAAUAGCAAUUUUGAUGCAGCUGUAGUCUCCGAGCCACUUCCACCUGAUCCUGUAUGUGAAAAUCUCAGUCACAAUGAAAAGCUGGCAGAUUUUGAAACUUUUCAGGAUCGAGUUGGAAAUGCAGAGAGCACAUGCUCUACUGGACUUGGUGAAAGCUUGGAAAAUGUGGCUGAUCUCCCAAAGGAUGACUGUGCAUUGCUUAAGUCAGAGGUUUGGGAAAAACCUGAUUCAUGCAAUAAUAAUUCAAUGACUGAUCAUGAUCACGUAAAACGGUGCUGCUCUCUUCCUUAUGGUGAUUGUUUGCUCGAAGAGAAUUUGGUUACUGCCUCAGUUUCUUUGGUCAACUCUUCUGAAGAAACUGAAGUUGUUUACGAUCAAAGAAACUGCCUCUGUAGUACUGAAGUUGUUUCUUCAGUAGCUAGAGAUAUUCUUGGUUCCUUGAGGGAUGCCACUUUGGUAAUUGAAUCUAUUGAUAAAGCAAAGGCUGAUGCAGACACUGGCUUGAUGUCAGAAACUGAAACAUCAUUUUGUCUUUUGCCUUGUAGUGGGAAUACCAGCUCUGACUUCCAUAAUGAUGCACAUAAUCCUCAUCUGAAUUUGGUACAAUCAAACCGUAAGCCAAUCUCCGAUGAGAAACCAAAUAUAGUUGCAUCCAAUACUGAGAGCAGCUCUGAUGAUCAUUCUGUGGCUAAUGCUGAAGUAGAACAGCUUAUUCACAUAAGCAUCUCUCAGAUUGACGAGCAUAGAGUUCUGAAUACUGAUUUAGAGAGUGGUGAUCAGUCUUCUGUCCUUGCUGAGAAAGCUUCUGAUGUUUUGUUUGAUGCAAAUGCUAUCAGCAAUAUGGUGGAAACAUGUCGAUCUGGUGAAAUUGUACAUUGUGAUGACAUUGAUGUCACCAAUGGUCUGCAUGCCGAGGGAUCUUCCAGAGAAGUGGAUGGGAGUCCAUGCCUAUUAAAUGGUCAUCAUCAGAGCAGCUUAGGGUCAUUCUAUCCUGAUGUGUUAUGUUCUAUAAUCACAUGUGUUGGCAAAUAUGAACAGUCUACAACAGAGCUAAAGGUUGACAAUGAUAAGUGUGUUGGGUCUGUGGCACCUAUUUCAGUUUCAGCUGAUAUGACAGUGAAAGAAAUUGAUGUCAGUUUGGUAGAUAAUGCUAUGAAUACUCAGGAGGCAGGCAAAAGCUACAUGGAUUCUUGUGUAGAUUAUUCUGGAGAAGUUGCUUUCAAUGAUCAUAUCCAUAAUUAUGACUCAGAUGCAUCUCAUCUUGAUGCUUGCCAGGCCAAUGGAAUGGAAAAAGUCGACCUUCUGGUAGAUGAGGACUCUCAAUUUGAGGAUGGCGAAUUUAGGGAAUCAGUUCUACAAAGUUGGGGAGAAGAUGGAGCUGAGGAAAGGGUGUCUGCACAUUUGGAUUAUGGCUCUGACAACAGAGAGAAUGCUGUCCUUGAAGCAGUUUCUUGUUUCCCUGAUUCUCUUCCUUCUUCUAUUGAAAACAUGAUGGGUAAAAGCAGGGAUGUGUCAGUUGCUAUUCAUGAUGGAGCAGCUAACAUUAUGAAUAGUUUGUUUGUUGUUUCUCAACCUUCAUUGAAGUGCUUAUCCAAAUCAUCCUCUUUGGAUUCAGGAGAUGGGAAGAAAACUUCUACAGAUAUCGGAAGUAAGGAUUGCACAGGUCAUUUGACAGUGAAGAUGAUUGGACAGGGUGGAUUUCAAGAUGGUGAGAAUAACAGGUGGCCUCCAGCUAGUGUGAGAAUGAAAUAUUCAGGAUGGGAUCAGUUGCCUGUAGCCUGUUUACAUAUUGGAGAUGGCAUGUUGGACACUGGGAUUGGCUCUGUUAAACAAGAUGGUAAAGCUGGUGCUUUGGAUGAAUCUGGUGCUGAUGAAUUGGUGGGAAGAUCUGGUUUGUCAUUCAGGAGAGGCUUCUCAUCCCGAGUUGAGAGGCCAAUGUCCUCAGAUGAGUCACAUAGGCAAGAUAGUUCUUCUGCUAGAAUAACCAGGCGAGAUAGUUCUUCUUCUAGAAUGACCAGAUCUGAUGAUCAUGGUGGUCUAAAUACGAAAGUUGAAAGGAAUACUGGUGCUCCUAAAUCAGUUGGGACGGGCAGAUCAUCUCAGCAUCCUCAAGGGAUGGUCAGAGACAUACAUUGCUUUGAUUCUUCCAAUCAUCAUCGUCCCAAGUGUCCCGGUUCACCUGGUUACUGUGAUGCACCUAGUGCUCUACAUGGAUCAAGGAAUGCGGCUGCAGCAGCUGCUGCAAAGGUGGAGAGUAAUGGCUUUGUUGUUGCACAUGAUGGCACGAUAGCUAAGGCAGGUGGUGCUGGAAAUGCUGGCCGUGUGGUAAGACAAUCUACCAAUGCUUCAUCACAAAGUAGAUGGGGGUCACAAGCUGAGACAGAGCUUGCAUGUGGUGUGCAGAGAAGAUUCAGAAGUUUAAGGGACAUGAGCCCUAACUGGCACUUCAGUGUCAGUAGGAGCCAGGCUGGUAAAUAUGGUCAUGAAAUGGCCAGGGACCGGUAUCACAGACCUGUGCCUGAUGACAGAAUGAACUUAUCACCACCUGUGCACCAUUCAUCUAGGAGAGACAGGAGCUUCUCUCCACACAAAGGGCCCCUUUGUCUAUCUCGUUCUCGCACUGGAUUUCCUUCAAGAUCUAGAAUUCGAUCCCCUCAUCUGUGGACAUCCCCUAGGAGAAGUGAAAUUGGGAUGAAUAAUGUCUUGGGUUAUUCCAGGGGCAGCAGGUCUCUCAGAGCCAGAAUGGUGAGAAUGAGGUCACCCCAUUUACGAUCUAGCGUUGAGGACCCCAUGGUAGGGUAUGGCCCCACUUCGAGAACCUUUGCUUCCCCAUUGCAUCAUUCAAGUUGGAUUGGUGAAAGGAGGGAUUCAUCCAAUCAUCUCAGGGAGCAUGAUUACAGGCGGCGAUCUAGAAGAAGUCCAUCUACUAAAGCUUUUACAAACUCUAAGCUUGACUCGGUGCAUUCACAUGGAAGAUCAGAGCCUAAUGGUCGCCAUCAUCAUCUGCAUGCUGGCAAGAUCCCCGAGAUCGCUGGUUUGAGUAGAGGAUAUAAAUGUGCUGGAAGUGAUGAUAGAAUGGGAUAUGGCGAUAGGUAUCAAUCGCUCCGACCUUGGAGCCAAGAAAACACUAAUAGCAAUAAAAAGUUCUUCAGGUAAGAGAUGGGGGUUCCACACUCAUAAAUCUGGACCCAAAUUCCUAUAUCAAAGUGUGGGCCCUAGGGUAUUUGGUAGGGCCCAAUUUUGAUCCAGCUUGGGUAGAACCUCAAGAGUUAAAUGAAAGAAAGGUCAUUUUAAUUAUAACAGGUGUGCAAACCCUGGUACCUGCUUCAAGUCCUAUGCAUCAAAGGUUGUGAUGCUCGCUUCUGGGCUCUAGUUCAUGAUCUUGCUUUAAUCGCAUGAGAUCAAAGAGAUGGUGAACCCUUUUAAAGUUUGUCUCCUUGGAGAGAAAGGCAUCUAGUUUCAGUACUCUAGCUUGUAAAAACAUUACAUUGUUUUGGGCUUAAGGCACAGUCUUUUUUUCGUAAUUCAUUUUUGAGUGGGAUUCUGGCUCACCAAAUUAUGAUCAAUUAACAAAGUUUGAAUCUGUGUCCUUUGGCUGUUGGCAUGCUUUUUGAACUUAGCCACAGAUACCUUUUGAGCUGUCUGCUUUUGUUAGGAAAUAAACUGUUUGCUUUUCAACUACUCUUCUGCUCAGGGCUUUUUGUGGAACCAAUUUCAAAUCAGCAACAAACAGCAUUUUUUUUUUUAUUGUAUAGCAAAAUGCUGCUCAAGGUAUAUCUUCCAUGAAAUUGUUUAAUAUGGUCAGCAUAAUUUUUUGACAGUACAGCAACAGUCCAGGAAAUUGGUUAAUAUGAUGCUUUUCUGUGUUAUAGAAGUGAACUUCAUAUGGCACUGAGCUAUGGUUCUGAUCUCCGGAAACCUCUGAUUUAACAUGAUAGAUCAUUCACCCAGAUUUUCCACAGCAAAAUUUAUGAUAGGCACUUCUCAAGUUCUGAUGGCUUUCCUGCUUCCUACCAGGUGAUGUCUGUGCAUCAGUGACAUAGUAGACUAAAUCAGCACAAUCAUCUCAAUGUAUGCAGUAUUAGAAAAUCUAUAAAAGAGGCUGCUACUGAACUUGUUCAAGGGAAUUCUUCCUUCAAGUGGCUAUGAAUCUGAUUAUUUUGGGAAGCUUCACCUUGGCAUGUCUGAAAUGAAAUAUUUCUUUAUGGUUGUCCUGUUUGAUAUCAGAUGCGCAUCUUCAUGUAGCUGAUGUUAUUUUAAAUGAGUAUGAUAUGGCACCUUUCUUGACCAUUACUAGUACAUAUCUCCAAUGCUGGUUAAUGAUUUAGGUUCUUCAUAGUUUUGAAGUAAGUUUUAAAUUUUGCAAACACUGCAAUUUUAGGUUUUAAAUGAGAUUGAAUUUAGAAAUUUUCAUUCGCGGAACUUGUGAUGAAACAAAGAUGCUUCUUUAGAGUUAUAGGUUAUUUUUAGAAUUACAAUGCAUGUUAUUAGACUUCAUUGUGAGUGUUUUAGAGUACCUUCAAAUGCUCCACGUGCUAGUUUUUUGUGGUAUGCAUUUGUAGCUUAAAGGAGAACUAGCUGAAGGCUGGAAGAAGAAAGUGCUUAUAAUGGAGAAAGGAAAGAGAUAAAUAGUACUUGUGUUGCAGGAAACCCAGAACCACAGUGGGUGGCUGCUUCACCGAGGAAAGAAGAAAGGAUAAGAUGGGAUGGUUGGAGGAUCCUGCUGCUGCAUGGUAUGAUUUGGUGAUUCCCCAAUUGUGAGUCAACAUUUCUUCAAGAAAACGUUAAAACAGUCAGGGUGGUGUACAUAUCUGGAAGACUUCGAAAUUUGUCAAUCUUAUGUUAAGAAUGGAGAGAGCUUAUGCAAUUUGGAGCUUGCCGAAAGCUUGGUAAAUGUGGCUGGCAUUCCAAGAAAUAGUCAUGCAAUAGUUACUAAUGAGGCGUAAGAAAACCUGAUACAUUUAGUAGUAAAUCUGCAGAUUUGAAAGUUGAUGACAACAAUUAUGUUGGUUUGGUGGCCCCUAUUUCCAUUACAGCUGUUAGUACCAUGGCAAACACUAUGUUGAUUUGAUAGAUGGUACCAUGGACACUGUGGCAAUGGGCAAAAGCUAUGUCAGUGUCAACUGUAAUUUUUUGACAGCAGGUCCUCAUAGCCAGAACUGAGAUAAUGAGGAUUGAUGAAAGAAAGGAUUCACCCAAUGGAACCCUUGCUUCCCCUUUACAUGCUUAAAAAUUGAUUUAUGAAAGAAAGGAUUCACCCAAUCAUCAUAGCGAACAUGAGUUGCAAGUAAGUGUUGUUCUGGAAGAAGCCCACUUAUUGAAGUAUUGCAAGGAAGUCCAAAGGCUGAUGACUACAAUCUUCCUCCACACUCUAACAGGAAUCCAGAAUUUGCUGGUUUGACGGCGGAUAAAAGUGUGAUGGUACUUAUGAUAGAAGGGGACAUGAUGGUAGAUGCAUUCUGUGGGGCAAUACAACAUUGAUAACGUUGUGAAGCACUUCAGUUAAUAUGUUUAGGAGGUUUGCAUUUUCGUAAUUCUGGACCAUGCUCAGGAGCUUCAUCAUUCUUUCAGCAGAGAGAGAGAGAGAGAGAGAGAGAGAGAGCCCAAGGGGAAUUCUCAGCUAGCUUGGAAAUUAAUCUCACAGACAUAAAUGACAGAAUGUUAGGAGUGCAAGUUCUGAUACCGGUUUCAAGUCAUGUGGCGUCCAGGGUUGCAACAAUAUGUCUUCUCAUCGAAAGGCUUUGUGACUGCAACAUACAAUUUAGUUAGCCACUUGUGUGGGCUUCUAAAGAGAUGCUGAACCCACUAAUAGUUUUUCUUUUUCUGUUAAAAGUUGCAGACUCAUAUUUCCACACUAUAAAAGCAUUACAUUGUUAGUUGAAAUUUCUAAUUUUUGGGAUAAGUUCACAUUAUUUGUCCUCCAUUUUGUUCUUCUAUAAAUUAUUAGGCCCUGUUUUGUGUA